AUGGGCUUCAAACGAUCAAGAGACGCAGAGAUGGCGGACGAGAAGCCAGACCAAGCUUCGUCACCUUUCGUGGCGAUGUUCGAAGGCUUCCGUGCAGAGCUAGACGAGCACCAUGAUCGACGAGAGAGAAUCAUCAAGGCGUCGCGUGACAUCACCGCAUCGAGCAAGAAGAUGGUUCGCGCCGUCGGCCAAGCAGUACCACCGUGGGUUAUCAAGAAGAACGCAGAAUACUGGGAGACGAUUGAAGACCGAUACAAGAACAUUGCUGCAGAUCUCCAAGGUCUCAAUGCCUACCGCUACUCACACAACAUCACGGGCGGCAACCAAGAGUUCAUGGAAGCGCUCAGCUUUCAGCACUACCUGGAAACGCAAUCACUCAUUUCGUACGAUGAAGCGAAGUCACGCAUUGCUGCCAUGAGUGGUGAAGCUGGACCAAUCGCGUUCACGCCAGAAGACUACAUUCUCGGUGUUUGCGACAUGACUGGCGAGCUCAUGCGCUUCUCCGUUACAAGCAUGGCUACUAAUGGCAAGCUACCAUCUGGCCAACAAACAGAAUCAAACAAAAGGCUCAAGCAAGACAACAGUCAGGAUGACGCUGGCGACAAGAUGGACAUCGAUGAGCAAGCACCAGCUGCAAGUGAGGCACAGAAGCCACGGACUGUCUUAGACGACCUGAGGGCGAUUCGACUGCAACUCGAGAUGUUUGACGCACCAGGAGGAUCCAAGUUUGCAGCAGAAUUAGAGACAAAGAAGAUGCCUGUGAUGCGCGAGUGCGUAGACAAGGUAGAGAAAGGUCUAUACGGUUUGACUGUGCGUGGCAACGAGCGCCCCAAGGGCUGGAUGCCAGAUAUGAGCAGUGCCAGAGAGGUUGAGAGCUACUGA